AUGCCUGACGUGGAAGCGCCAGCCUCAGAGCGGACGCCUCUCCUGAAUGCCGCAUCCAGCAACGGGGCUGCUCAGGCCCCGCAGUAUGUCGACGCACCCCGCACUGGUGACAGAUCCAAUGCCCCGGGACUGUACAGAGUCAGCAGCCAUCCAGCUGACGGCCUCAACCUGGCCCCCGGCGCGGAGGAAGCAGUGCUUUCAGAGCCUGCGCCUGAAGACGAGAGCAAUAGAAGCAACGAUUCGCCGUAUCUUGGGGGCGUGAGCGUGACCAAGUUUUGGCUCAUUUUUGGAGGAGUUCUGCUGCAAUACUUUGUAGCAUGCUUCGAUUCCACCCUGAUGGCCUCGAGCCACCCGGUUAUAACCUCUUACUUCAAGUCUUCCAACUCGGCAUCAUGGCUUUCAACGGCCUUCCUUCUUACCUCUACAGCAUUUCAGCCUCUUCUAGCUCGUGUGUCCGAUACGAUUGGCCGCCGGCCAAUCUACGUCUUCUCGCUCGUCAUGUUUGUCAUUACGACGGCAUGGUGCGCUCUUGCUCAGAGCAUUGGAAGUUUCAUUGCUGCGAGAGCGUUCUGCGGUCUGGGUGCCGGCGGCGUCCUGGCGAUGGGUUCCAUUCUGACAAACGACAUGGUGCCGAUUGAAAUUCGGGGCAAUUAUCAAGCCUACAUCAAUCUUUUCUUCGGACUCGGACAGGCUUGCGGUGCCGCGUUCGGGGGCUUUCUCUGCGAUACGCUGGGCUGGCGAUGGACGUUUGGCAUACAGAUUCCUGUCCAGUUGCUGAUCCUUGUGGCUGCUGCAAUCAUCAUGCCGAACACACUUGGUCCGAACUUGGCCAAGAACUCGGACAAGAGUGCCUUUCAGCACAUCAAGACGUUUGAUUUGCUAGGUUCGCUUCUCCUAACAAUAUCAGCUGCUUUCAUGAUCCUAGGACUCAACCUGGGCGGCAAUGUUUUGUCGUGGAAACAUCCUUUCGUCAUCACUUCCCUCUGCAUAUCCAUCCUCGCGGGAUUCUUCCUCAUCCGAGUAGAGGGUAAAGCCGGGCGGCCAGUCAUGCCGUUAGCGAUGCUCUUCACGGCGCCGAGAGGCAACCUCGUCUUUUCCAACUUCUUCGCGUCGAUUGGGAGUAACACGGUCAUCUUCAAUGCUCCGCUCUACUUCCAAGCCGUCAAACUCGACUCGGCGUCGCAGUCUGGCUUCCGUAUGGCGGCUCCGUCGCUCGCCGUCAUGAUCUGUGGUGUCUCCUCGGGUUUCAUCAUGACGUACACGCGCCGCAUGAAGGAACUGAUCGUGGGCGGCUCACUGAUUGCGCUGGUGGGCUCCAUCUGCCUAACGAUCAUGUGGGACGGCAUCCCAACAUGGCUUGCCACUAUAUUCGUAGUCCCAGAGGACCAAGCCGUGAUGACGAGCACGCUCAGCCUCUUCAGGAGCCUUGGAACGGUGUUCGGCGUCUCCAUCAGUAGCCUAAUCGUGCAGAACGCACUGUCGGUCAAUCUGGAACGAUAUGUCACCGGACCAGAGAAGCAGGAGAUCAUCCUACGUGUCCGUAAAUCCGUCCGUGCCAUAUUCGACCUCACUCAGGAACACCGGAUGGAAGUUAUUCGGUCAUAUGAGCACAGCCUCCGCUAUGUCUUCGCGUCCGCCAUCGUACUGUUCGUCAUCGUCAACGCUCUAGUAAUACCAAUAAAGCUGCCUCGUCUCGGCAACAGAAAGCGGUAG